CCAAAUCGGCAACGUCUCCAGCAGUUGGUGACUUGGUUCGUUCCGCACACUCCACUCCACCCCACCCGCUGCCUCUGCCUCCGCCUCCUUCCUUCCUUCCUGCAAAACCGCGAGCGCCCCGCGGCUCUCUGCUCCCCCACUCCUCCCGCGGAGCCCCUCGCCCCGCCGGAUCCCACGCACGCACGACGCGGCUCGACGCGACGGGUUCCACCGUGCGGCCGAUCCGCCGCCAGAGCCCCGGUGAGCGCGCACGUCCCCUCCCCCCCAGUCUCCCUUCUCCGCUUGGCGGCUGGUUGACCGCUGCUGCGCCAUCGUCCCUUCUCGAGGGUUCUACCCGGAAAGGCAUAACCCUGACAUUCUCUUGAGAAAAGGAAGAAGCAACCAAAAAUGGCCUCGAGGGCGAUCAUUAGGAGAAGGAAGUAUGCUCUGGAGCAUACUAAUAUCCCUGUUUUAUUACGACAUUCAUCUAUUUCUACUUUUGGGCAAGAAAAGUUUGGAUGUGAAAUUGAGCAAAGCACUGCAUCUCAAAACUCAAGAGAAUCAAACCAUGAGAAGGCACAAUACAUCUUAAGGAAACAAGGACUUUUGGGCCUUAGUAUCCUGUGUCACCCAACUCGUGGUGCUUCACUUGCUUCUUAUGAAUCUAAACCACAGACUUUUGGUUUCCCCUUGGGAGCCAGGUAUUUCCUACAGUCAGUACGCCCAACAUCAAGCACUGCUGGGCAGCCUAAAGUUGGUAUUCUGGACGAGCGGAGCGAGAACCAGAACCAGAAUCAGGGGAAAAAGGAGGCAUCCCCAGAAGAGUGUGAUCAGGCGGUGGAAGGCUUAAGCACUGCAAAAGCUAAAGCUAAAGCUAAGCUGGUGCAGGAAGUACAAAAGUCUGACCAGUCAAUCAUACAUAAAUUUUGGGCAAUACUUCUAGGUAUUGGACCUGCUCUGCGUGCUGUUGCUUCAAUGAGCAGGGCUGACUGGGCUGCAAAAUUGAAGCAUUGGAAGGAUGAGUUUGUUUCUACACUGCAGCAUUAUUGGUUGGGAACUAAGCUGCUGUGGGCAGAUGUUAGGAUUUCAUCUAGAUUGUUAGUGAAACUUGCUGGUGGAAAGAGCCUAACAAGAAGAGAGAGGCAACAGCUUACACGCACAACAGCUGAUUUGUUUAGGCUUGUACCUUUUGCUGUGUUCAUCAUUGUUCCCUUCAUGGAAUUUUUACUACCAGUCUUCCUCAAGAUGUUCCCUAACAUGUUGCCAUCGACUUUCCAGGACAAGAUGAAGGAAGAGGAGGCAUUGAAAAGGAAAUUGAAAGCAAGGAUGGAAUAUGCAAGAUUUUUACAAGAUACUGCAAAAGAAAUGGCAAAGGAAGUGCAGACGUCACGUAGUGGAGAAAUGAAACAGACAGCUGAAGAUCUGGAUGAAUUUUUGAACAAGGUUAGGAAAGGUGGACAUGUCUCAAAUGAAGAAAUUUUGAGCUUUGCAAAGCUGUUUAAUGAUGAACUGACUUUGGAUAACAUGAACAGAGCACGGUUGGUAAAUAUGUGUAAAUAUAUGGGGAUCCAACCUUUUGGUACAGACCACUACCUGACAUUCAUGCUUCGGAAGAAAUUGCAAGAAAUUAAGAAUGAUGAUAAGAUGAUCCAGGCUGAGGGCGUGGAGUCUCUUUCUGAGGAGGAGCUUCGACAAGCAUGUCGAGAACGUGGCCAUCUUGGUUUGUUGUCAACAGAGGAGAUGCAAAAUCAGCUCAGAGACUGGUUGGAUUUGUCACUUAAUCAUUCUGUGCCAUCAUCUCUUCUAAUACUAUCAAGAGCUUUUACCAUGUCUGGGAAAAUGAAGCCCGAGGAGGCUGUUGUAGCAACAUUAUCUUCUCUUCCAGAUGAAGUUGUAGAUACUGUUGGGACAGUUCUUCCUUCAGAAGAUUCUGUGUCCGACAGGAAGCGGAAAUUGGAAUUCCUGGAAAUGCAGGAAGAACUUAUCAAGGAAGAGGAGAAAAGGCAAGAGAAAGAAGACAAGGCAAAACUUGAGGUACCAAAGGCAACUGAAGAAGAUGUGGCUUUGAAAGAAAUGACUGAGCCUACUGCUAGGGAAGAAAAGGAACUAAAGAAAGCAAAAGUUGAGCAUGACAGGAAGGAGCAGCUUUGUGAUAUCAGCCAAGCAUUGGCCGUGCUUGCAUCUGCUUCUUCUGUUGCCAAGGAACGUCAAGAGUUUCUGAAUCUUGUCAAUAAAGAGAUAGAACUAUAUAACACCAUGCUGGAAAAGGAGGGUACAAAAGGUGAAGAAGAAGCUAGGAGAGCAUACAAGGCUGCAAGAGAGGAAUCAGACCAUGCUGCAGAGAUAGCUGCAGGAGAAAAGGUCUCUUCAGCAUUAAUAGAGAGGGUUGAUGCAAUGCUUCAGAAAUUAGAGAAAGAGAUUGAUGAUGUUGAUGCACGAAUAGGCAACCGCUGGCAGCUGCUUGAUAGUGACCGUGAUGGCAAAGUUACCCCUGACGAGGUAGCAGCUGCAGCAAAUUAUCUCAAAGACACUAUAGGGAAGGAAGGCGUCCAAGAGCUUAUUAGCAAUCUUUCUAAAGACAAAGAUGGAAAGAUCCUCGUUGAAGACAUUGUGAAGCUGGCAUCACAAACGGGAGAAAGCAACGAACAAGAAGAAACCCCACGGCAAUAGGUAGAUAAACAGUCGCUUCCGUGGCUGUUGAAGUUACCAGCCCACUCUUUUCCGCCGGUAAGCGCAUGGCAGUGCCAUGUGUAACAAAAAUGGCAGGACGGUCAUUUUUUUUGUUCCGACUGACUGCCGUGGAGAGAGUUAGCGUAUAGUUAGGCAUCAGGUUUCUAUAGGUGAAUGGCAACUGAAAUUCCAACCUGUUGUGGGUUGCCAUUGAAAUGGACAUGCUGAACGGCCAGAUGGGACAAUAAUUCAUGCCCAAUCCAAAUAAUCUGAAUAAAUAUAUAGAUAUUGAAUAAGUGUUUUGUCUCAUUCUA